AUGAGUAGCCAGCACCAGUAUAUGAGCGUGAACAACACACCAAGUGCACGCAUCGGGGACAUUGAACACAUUAGCCACCUGUCGGAACACAUAGGCUCCCUUUGCCUGUCGUCUGAGUACUCCGAUGUGACCCUUAUAGUAGAGGGGCAGCGGAUCCCCGCCCACAAGGUCAUCCUGGCCGCCAGCAGCGACUACUUCAGGGCGCUGCUGUAUGGCGGCAUGAGGGAGACCAAUCAGGCGGAGGUGGAACUGCAAGCGCCCCUCCAAGCUUUCAAGGCCCUUUUGCGAUAUGUGUACUCAGGUCAUAUGGGUCUAUCCAUGCUGCGAGAAGACACAGUGCUUGACAUGCUGGGCCUGGCACAUCAGUUCAAUUUCCAGGAGUUGGAGACCGCCAUAUCUGACUACCUGAGGCAGGUGCUCGCUCUCAGGAAUGUCUGCUCCGUGCUUGAUGCUGCUAGACUGUAUGGGCUGAAGGCUCUGAUGGACUACUGCUACAACUUCUUAGACAGGAACGCUAUCGACGUGUUGCAGCAUGACACUUUCUUGCAACUGUCUGUUGAGGCUCUACAGGGCCUCUUAGAACGCGACUCAUUCUUCGCGCCAGAAGUCGACAUAUUCAAGGCGGUCUGCAACUGGUUCAACGCUAACCAGCUUUGGGUCAAAUCUGAAGCUGGGCAGGCGCAAAUCGAAAAAAUAUUGAAAUGCGUCCGCCUAACACUGAUGACGCUGGAGGAGUUACUGACAGUGGUGCGGCCGUUCUCGUUGGUCACUCCUGAUAUGUUGCUCGACGCCAUACAGGAGAAGACACAGACCAAGAGCACUGAACUAAGGCACCGAGGCCUUCUCUUACCGGAGGAGAACGUGGCAACACCAAAACGCGGUGCUCGCGUGAUCUCAGGCGACAUGCGGUCUGCGUUGUUGGACGGCGACACCGAGACGUACGACAUGGAGCGCGGCUACACGCGCCACACCAUCAACGACGCGCCCGACAACCCCGGCAUCAUCGUGCGCCUCGCCACCUCCACCAUCAUCAACAACAUACGCCUGCUGCUCUGGGACAGGGACAACCGAUCAUACGCGUACUACAUCGAGGUGUCGGUGGACCAGAAGGACUGGGUGCGAGUGAUCGACCACAGCAACUACUUCUGCCGCUCCUGGCAGAACCUGUACUUCGAGCCGCGCGUCGUACAGUACAUCAAGCUCGUCGGCACCAGUAAUACUGUUAACAAGGUGUUCCACGCGGUGGCGCUGGAGGCGCGGCACACGUGGCGCGUGCCCCCGCUGCGGGGCGGCCUGGUGGAGCCGCUGCACAACGUCGCCACCGUCGACCUCUCCGCCGUCGUCAUCGAGGGGAUCAGUCGUUCCCGCAACGCCCUAAUCAACGGCGACACGGAGAACUACGACUGGGACCAAGGCUACACGUGUCACCAGCUGGGCUCGGGCGCCAUAGUGGUGCAACUAGCGCAGCCCUACCUGCUCUCCUCUAUACGAAUGCUCCUGUGGGACUGCGACUACCGUCACUACUCGUACUAUGUGGAGACUUCGCUUAACAACUGGGAUUGGGAGAUGGUCUGUGACCGUACUAGGGAGUCUUGCAGAUCAUGGCAAGUGAUAUACUUCAAGCCACGGCCAGUGUCCAUCAUCCGCAUCGUUGGUACAAACAACUCUGUUAAUGAGGUGUUCCACCUGGUCCACCUGGAGUGCCCGGCGCAGGUGGAGGACGCGCGCGACGACCCGGCCGCCAAGAAGCAGCGCCCCGCGCACGACAACGCACUCAACCCCGGCGGCAACGCCGGGCCUGCAGGGGCUGCGGGGCCCGCGGGUGCCGGCGCGGCAGUGGGCGGCGCGGCAGGCGCGGGCGGCGGGGCCGGGUCCCCCGCCGCGUCGCGCGCCAGUAGCAGCUCGUCGGAGCGCUCCUGUCGCCGCGGCCUGCCGCCCGCAGAGACCGCCACCGAGGCCGAGGAGAGGUAUGAUCAUUGA